AUGAAUGACACUAUUUCACACCCAACCACACCAACUAUCAAAAAAGAAGCCAAUGAACCCGGUUCUCCCGUGUUCAGUGCCACGGAUGCACUCAAGACUAAUGCAGAGGAAUCAGAAGUGGAAGAUAAAAAGGUCAGUGGGGCGGCGAUGGCAGUUGAGGACGAGAAGCGUAAAAAAGACAACGGAGAUUCGAGUUCACAACGGCGUUUACGCAAACGGUCCAGUCAAGCAUCCCCAACUACAAUCAAANGCUAUCCAAAUGUCCUCGACCGGCUAAACGAUCCAGACGUCGUAAUUCCCAAACAACCCAGAUUUUCAUCUGAUUUCCUUCACCUUGGGUUAGGUCAUGACAUAACCCAUACUACUCCGUUGGCCGAUGCGCCACCCAGCAACUGUUAA